CAUAGUUCUCAUUGGUUGAAAUUCUUCACGUGGGACACGCUGCCAGUAGUUCCAAGAAACGCCACGCGUUGUUCAAAAUAUUUUGGCGCCUUUUUGGAUGGAAUUCUUAACAAUAUUUAGGGUGGACGUGAUUGCUGAAUAACCAUAAAAAAGCACAUUUAUUUUCUGUUUUCGUUCAUGAUAACUUAACGAGCUGCAAAAAUGUGUAGUUGGUAUGUUUCAACUGGGAUUAGGCUUAUCGUCGAGAAUUUAUAUUACAUAAAAAUGCAGAGCUACAAAACAUAUGCUGCAAGAAUUAAGCCCAGUAGCAGCAUUCAAGGGCGACAGAUAAAUGUUGGAGCAGAGCAGGAUGGGAUCACUAAAUUCCUUUGCGCUGGGCCUUCAGCGCUAGAAAGUGUUCCAAAAAUAGAUUCCGUCGGAAGCAAUGCAAGUGUUAGACAGCCCUUCGAUAUUUCCGUCACAAACACAACCUCACGAAAAAUAUUGAAUCGACGCGGAGUGAAGCAACGAACAACCCUAAACUUCACGCCGAAGGAGAAAAAACUGUACAAUGAGGCGAAACGUCUGCAAAAAGAAGUGGGUCGUUUACAGAACCAGGCACGAAAACGCAGGGACGCCUUGUACUCCAUAAAGAAGAUUUUGCGGAAUCAAGGGUUUGUUGAUUUCGUGGAAGGGCUGUCUCCCCGUCAACGACGUUUUUUUGAAAAUCACAUUAGAAACGUAAAUCGUAAGCCGAAAGGCAGAAGUUUUACGUUGAAGCAGAAGGCAGAUGCCACUGCCAUUUGGAAGCGUGUUCCAAACACGUACAAACUUCUGUCAACAAUGUUUACGCUGCCGACUAUUGACACUCUGAGGGCAACCCUAAAUAGAAUUCCAAUUGAACCGGGCAUCAACAAACCCAUAUUCGAAGUUCUCAGAAAGCAAGUAGUUAGGAAAAUGGGGCGGAGGUACCGUUUAUGUACUCUCAUCUUCGGUGAAUUGCCCAUUGAGCCUCACCUCGACUGCUUGCCUUCUGAGGACAGAGUUGUGGGUUUGGAAGAUGACGGUGCAGCAAUAAGGACGGAAAAAAUUGCUGACCAUGUUUGCGUAUUUAUGCUCAGAGGAAUUUUCGGAAGGUGGAAGCAACCAGUUGCUUUUGCGUUUUGUAAGAACUCUAUGCUAGCUGCAAACAUUGUCCGUUUUUAUACAGAUAUUGUGAAAGAAGCAACAGCGAUAGGUUUAAACAUCAUUGCUUCCGUUUGUGAUCAAGACGCUACAAAUUACAGUGAUGCAAUUGAUAUGCUUUUACAAGACACCAAACGACUUGCUAUUUUGGAAAAUGGAAAGGAAAUUAAAGAGAAUGUGAUAAGAAUUGGUGAUCACGAAGUUAUCCCUCUCUUUGAUCCUCCUCAUCUUCUAAAAAGCUUGCGGAACAAUCUUCUCACCAAAGAUCUGCUCUAUCUAGAUAAAGCAGGUGUUGAGAGAAGAGUUUCUUGGAGUUUUUUUGAAAAGGUAUAUGAAUUAGAUCAGACGCAUCCUGACAAAUUUAAAGGGAUGCCACAGAUCACCGUAGACCAUGUGAAGCCUAACUUAAGAGGCCACAAAAUGAAAGUUCGUUACGCUUCACAGGUCCUUAGCCGUCAUGUUGCUGCUUUCAUAAAUGCUUAUUCCGUCGGGGGACCCUUACCACGUGAUGCUCGUUACACUUCCGAUUUUUUUCUCUUCAUGAAUUUUGUCUUUGACAGCGUUAAUGGAGGAUUUGGAUAUGAUGGUGGUAAGGUUUCACGUAAAUUGUUACGACUUAAACAUUCCCAUCACACUUGGUGGGUGAAAGGGAAACAUAUGUUUGGCAAUAUGAGAUUUGAACCACGUAAUGCUGGAGAUCAAGCAAACCCCCCAGUUUUACAGGGGUGGUGUCGUACUUUAAAUGGUUUUAUGAUUAUCGAUGAAACUCUAAAGAAACUUGGUUAUAGGUUUUUCCCAGAAAAAGCUUUUCACCAAGAUCCUUUGGAAAAUUUUUUUGAUCAAUUAAAACGAUAUCGAGUACGAUAUAUAAAUCCCAGUUGUCGAGCAUUUGUGUCUUUUUACAAAGCCCUGAUGAUGAAGAAUUUUUGGUCUUAUCGAUGUCGUGGCUCUAAUUGUGAACAAGAUGAGGACUCAUUUGUGGUCACAAUUAGAGACUUUCUUGGUCCUAAAAUUAAUCGGAAGUGCAUCGAAGAUCCGUGAAAGCCGCCACAGUUCCUGGUAUCUAAGAAUAAUCUUCAAGGCCAUAAUGUUAUAGGCUUUAUUGACGGAUUUUCAGUCGAUCACACCAUAAAACCGCCAUUAGACUGUGAAAUCUGUCAAUUUAACUUAAAUCAUGAUGGCGUUCCAUAUGUUUAAUACCAUGACCUGGUGGAAAAGAAAGAGUAGGUGAAAAAGAAUGGUUAAAAUACUUGAAUGUCGAUUUAGAGUCAUCUUCGCAUUCUUGUUCCAUCUGAAAUUCAUUCUUCCCUUUUUAAAACGAUAAUAAGCCGCCUGAGAAAUAUAAUUGAUUUUGAUUUUCGGGAUUUUGUAUGCUGAAGAACUAAAAAUUAAACUUUUUCAUUUAUUUGUAAGUAUGUAUCUUUGUAUAUGUACCUGCAAGAAAAAGUUAGCAAUAUAGUAUUUGGUAGGCAAAAACCUGACAGAUCAAUUUCAUUGGAAACGGAAAUACAACAAUUAUAUUUACGUUUUAAGGGAAAUAGAACGUUUGUAUAAUUUUGCAUUUCGCAGGUUAUUCAUCACCUUUGUUUUGUGCAUACCAGAAGAAAGUAGAGCGAUGUUUUUCAUUAAGUUUAUGCUUCUAUAACGAAGUGCACUUUCUGUUACCCUUUUUGUAUAUUUCAUGAUGUUUAAAAACCUGUUGAUACAUUAUGAAAGUGAUUUUAUUGUCGCAUUUCUUUUGGUAUGAAUGAAAAGUGCAAAGGCAGUUUGCGUUUCUACUGGUGAUUAACGAAAAUUUAAAUUAGUUUUAUAAAGUCGCAGACAAUUAUUGUCACUUAUAUGAGUAUCUUCAGGAGGUUUGUGUAUUAUCAAUUUUUUAAUCUAUAACUCACACUCAAGGUGGUGUAGCCACAACUCACUGUGGAAACAAAUUAGGUUAACAGCAUCAAUAUUUUCAAAAAAUUAAGUGUAGACUAUUGUUAAGAAUCCGAUAUGUCUGCGGCUUUAAAUGUUUAAUCUGUCAUCGAAAGUGGAAUUUAUUUUGUGACAGUUUUUACUUCCGCGUAAUGAUCACGAAAUUCUGUUAAGAAAACUUCACUUGAAACAAACGCAAUUUUAUAAAAUUCUGUACGGACUUUAUUUGGAAGUUAGGGAAAAUCAGUUUAAUCUGAUUUCCAUUCUAGAAC